AUGGCGUCAGACACGAGCGACACGGAGGAGUUCUACGAUGCUCCGGAGGACGUACAUUUCAGCCCUUCUCCCAAAGUGUCUCCUGCGAAGUUUGUCAUUCCUUUGCUUCAGAAAUCUGACGAAGAUGGAGAGGCUGCCGCUGAGACUACGCAAGAUGAUUCCCUACAUAUCAUUGACAGCAUCAUCGAGGAGAGUCAAAAGGAAAAUUGUGCUGUUGCUGAGCUACUCGAUCAACUCCACGUAGAUGUGACUGUGGACGCGGAGUCAAGGGAUAAGAGAAACACUCAGGAAAUUCCUGUUGCAACCGAUGCACCGCAGCUUAUCGAGAGGCCUGAGGAGCAACCGGAAUGUUCGGCGACAAACGGAGCGUACUCUUUGCCUGCCCCCGCCCCCUUGGAUCUCCCCAGACCUUCAGUUGGGAUGCAGGAAGGUGUUCAGCCACCAGAUAUUACCAGCACUAUAGGGCAAAGUCGUCCUGAUGGGGAGCUUUUGGUCGCGGAAGGAGAGCAGGAGCCCAUAUCUGCUGACAUUUUGGAGCAGGUGUCUUUCACAGACAGACCAACUGACUCUAUGGACUCAUCCGGGCCUACGAAACCACCGCGGCAGUUCACGGUUGAACCAGACAUUGUAGCUAGCACCAAGAAGCCUCCGCCUUCACGACCGCGCCCUCCCAGCGGAGCUCCCCCACCUAGACCGCCUCCACCUUCUUUGCAGGGCAUACCUUCCAAGAAGUCUCUGGAAUGUCUCAAGCCUAGUGGGCUUGAAGUAUCUGCAAUGAGACGAGUUAGCAGCGACCCUCUGGAACCAUCUGGCUUGGUGUCUCCAAGUAGCACUGUGAGGAGUUUAACCAGAGAGUUGCAGCACUCCUUGGAUUUGGCCAGUGCUACCAGUGGGGACAAGGUGGUCACCGCACAGGAGAACGAGGGUGAGGAGGCCUUGUCUCCGGGUGAGGGACAUGUUCCAGGCCCUCAGCGUCCACGCUCCAACUCUGGAAGAGAACUUACUGACGAAGAAAUCCUGGCCAGUGUGAUGAUCAAGAACCUAGACACUGGCGAAGAGAUCCCCUUAAUCCAGGCAGAGGAGAAACUUCCUGCUGGGAUUAACCCCCUCACAUUGCACAUCAUGAGGAGGACCAAAGAGUAUAUCACGAAUGAUGAAGCACAGUCCGAUGAUGAUGACAAGUCACAGACUCCACUGGCUGACACGGAUGGAGGAAAACUGAAACAAAGAACAACUCAGCUGAAGAAAUUUCUGGGCAAGUCUGUGAAGAAGGCCAAGCAUCUUGCAGAGGAAUAUGGAGAGAAGGCUGUAAACAAAGUGAAAAGUGUUCGCGACGAAGUCUUCCACACAGACCAAGAUGACCCUUCCUCCAGUGAUGACGAGGGGAUGCCUUAUACCAGGCCGGCCAAGUUUAAAGCAGCACACAGUUUUAAGGGUCCUUUUGACUUUGAUCAAAUCAAAGUUGUGCAAGAUUUAAGUGGUGAGCACAUGGGGGCCGUGUGGACAAUGAAGUUCUCUCACUGCGGUAGGCUACUGGCAACUGCCGGCCAAGAUAACGUGGUUCGCAUUUGGGUCCUAAAGACUGCCUUUGAUUAUUUCAACAAUAUGAGAUUGAAAUACAACACAGAAGGUCGAGUGUCUCCUUCUCCCUCUCAGGAAAGCUUGUGUUCCUCCAAAUCUGACACUGAUCCCGGGGCAAGUUGUGUUCCAGAAGAUCCAGACACAGAAGACAGGAACGCCCCUUUUCGCCAGGUCCCUUUCUGCAAGUACAAAGGCCAUACAGCGGAUCUAUUGGAUUUAUCAUGGUCAAAGAACUUUUUCCUGCUUUCAUCGUCCAUGGAUAAAACAGUCAGACUGUGGCACAUAUCCAGGAGAGAGUGUCUUUGCUGCUUUCAGCACAUUGAUUUUGUCACGGCAAUCACAUUCCAUCCCAGGGAUGACAGGUACUUUUUAAGCGGCUCUCUGGACGGUAAGCUGCGAUUGUGGAACAUUCCGGACAAGAAGGUGGCACUGUGGAAUGAGGUGGAUGGCCAAACACGCCUCAUCACUGCUGCCAACUUCUGUCAAAAUGGCAAGUACGCUGUCAUUGGCACCUAUGAUGGAAGAUGCAUCUUCUAUGACACAGAGCGUUUGAAAUAUCAUACCCAAAUACAUGUGAGAUCUACCAGGGGCAGGAACAAAGUUGGGCGAAAAAUUACCGGUAUUGAACCAUUACCUGGAGAGAAUAAGAUUUUGGUGACCUCAAAUGAUUCCCGCAUCCGCCUUUACGACCUGCGGGAUUUGUCUCUAUCCAUGAAGUACAAGGGUUACGUCAAUAGCAGCAGUCAGAUUAAGGCCAGCUUCAGCCACGACUACUCUUUCAUCGUCAGUGGCUCAGAGGACAAAUAUGUGUACAUCUGGAGCACUUACCACGACCUAAGCAAAUUCACAUCUGUUCGGAGGGACCGCAAUGACUUCUGGGAAGGGAUUAAAGCACACAACGCUGUGGUCACAUCAGCCAUUUUCGCUCCUCACCCGGGCCUUAUUGUGCCACAAGAGACAGGAGCAGAAAAACCAGACGCUGAGUGCAAGAGUUUGGACUCCAACGAGUCUGAAACUAUCCCCUCAGGUGCACUAAAGACUGAUCACACAGAGGUUCUGCUCUCUGCUGACUUUACAGGAGCCAUCAAGGUUUUCAUUAACGUGAAGAAGUACUGA